UAGAAAAAAAGACAAGGUAUGAAUUGAAAAAUUGUCUGUAGUGGUAAAUAGAUGAGGGGUUGAGAAAAAAAGGAUGAGAAGUGCAUAGCGUCAUUGUCGCCCCACCAUCUCCGGCCAGCUUUCUCUCUAUUAUUUCAACGCCCCUCCCCUCAUUCUGUCUUCUGGUUCUGUCCUUUCUCCCCAAACUCUCUCUUCUCUUUCUCUUCCAUCGCUUCUUUCGCCUCUACUUCCUACUUGUAAUCUUUUUGAUUGACCGCAAUCAUUACUCUUCUCAUCCACCAUGUCUUCUUCUCUUGAUCAGCUCAAGGCCAGCGGCACUGUCGUCGUCUGCGACUCUGGUGACUUCGCCACCAUCGGCAAGUACAAGCCUCAGGAUGCCACCACCAACCCCUCCCUCAUCCUGGCCGCUUCCAAGAAGCCCGAAUACGCCAGCUUGAUCGAGGCCGCCGUCGAGAAGGGCAAGAAGGAGGGCAAAACCCUCGACGAUCAGGUCGACGCCACCCUGGAUAACCUCCUCGUCCAGUUCGGCAAGGAGAUCCUGAAGAUCAUCCCCGGCAAGGUCUCCACCGAGGUCGACGCCCGCUUCUCCUUCGACACCCAGGCCUCCAUCGACAAGGCCCUGCACAUCAUCGACCUCUACAAGCAGAUCGGCAUCCCCAAGGAGCGCAUCCUCAUCAAGAUCGCCUCCACCUGGGAGGGCAUCCAGGCCGCCCACGUCCUGCAGUCCAAGCACGGCAUCAACUGCAACCUGACCCUCAUGUUCUCCCUCGUCCAGGCCAUCGCUGGCGCCGAGGCCGGCGCCUACCUCAUCUCGCCCUUCGUCGGUCGUAUCCUCGACUGGUACAAGGCUGCCCACAAGCGUGACUACUCCGCUGAGGAGGACCCCGGUGUCAAGUCCGUCGAGAGCAUCUACAACUACUACAAGAAGCACGGCUACAACACCAUCGUCAUGGGUGCUUCGUUCCGUAACACGGGCGAGAUCACCGAGUUGGCCGGCUGUGACUAUCUGACUAUUUCCCCCAACCUCCUCGAGGACCUCUACAACUCCACCGCCCCCGUCCCCAAGAAGCUCGACGCCGCCCAGGCCGCCUCCCAGGAUAUCCCCAAGCGCAGCUACCUGCACGACGAGGCGACCUUCCGCUUCGACUUCAACGAGGAGGCCAUGGCUGUGGAGAAGCUGCGCGAGGGUAUCUCCAAGUUUGCCGCUGAUGCGGUGACCUUGAAGAACAUUCUUAAGCAGAAGAUCCAGGCAUAA